CUCUUUAAUCCAAGUUUCAGUUUUUGCUGAAGCAAAAAGGGGAAGGGAAAUGGGUUUAAAUUCCAACAGGGUUGAUGAUAUCUUUAGCCAUACUGGAAAUACAACUUUAACACCUGUUAAGGUUUCUACAGAGAUACCAAUGCCAGUACCAGAGGCUACGACGAUGGAGAUACACAAUGUUUGCAUGCCCCCAAAGAAAACCACUUUCCAGAAGCUCAAACACAGGCUUUCGGAGAUAUUUUCCCCCGAUGAUCCUCUCUAUGGAUUCAAAAACCAAACUUGGUGUAAGAAGCUGGUUCUGGGAGUUAAGUCUUUGUUCCCGAUAUGCCAAUGGGGUCUUGAGUACAAUCUGGGACUGUUUAGGUCUGAUAUCAUCUCUGGUCUCACCAUUGCUAGCCUUGCAAUCCCACAGGGAAUCAGCUACGCAAAGCUUGCAAAUUUGCCACCUAUCGUUGGUUUAUAUUCAAGCUUCGUUCCCCCUUUGCUUUAUUCAGUCCUUGGGAGUUCUAGGCAUCUUGCUGUUGGUCCAGUGUCCAUUGCUUCCUUAGUGAUGGGCACAAUGCUCAGUGGAAGUGUCUCCCCCACUAAAGAGCCAAUGCUCUACCUUCAAUUGGCCUUCACUUCUACCUUCUUUGCUGGUGUAUUUCACGCAUCUUUGGGUCUCUUAAGGUUAGGCUUUAUUAUCGAUUUCCUAUCGAAGGCAACACUUCUUGGAUUCAUGGCAGGUGCAGCAGUCAUUGUGUCAUUACAACAGCUAAAGGGGUUGCUUGGAAUAGUUCAUUUCACAAACAAGAUGCAACUGAUACCUGUUUUGACCUCUGUAUUUGAGCAUAAAAAUGAAUGGUCCUGGCAAACUAUUGUAAUGGGAUUUGGCUUCCUGGUCUUUAUGUUGACAGCAAGACAUGUUAGCAUGAGGAAACCGGAUCUUUUCUGGGUAUCAGCAGCUGCCCCAUUAACAUCCGUGAUUCUCUCAACGACCUUAGUCUUCUGCCUUAAAUCAGAAGCUCAUGGAAUCUCAUUUAUUGGCCACUUGCAAAAGGGUUUGAAUCCACCUUCAUUGAACAUGCUAUACUUCAAUGGCCAACAUCUGGCUUUGGCUAUCAAGACUGGAAUUAUCACCGGGGUUCUGUCCCUUACUGAAGGGGUUGCAGUAGGAAGGACAUUUGCUUCUCUAAAGAACUACCAAGUUGAUGGAAACAAAGAAAUGAUGGCCCUAGGUCUCAUGAACAUGGCUGGUUCUUGCACUUCAUGUUAUGUCACAACAGGAUCAUUUUCUCGAUCUGCGGUAAAUUACAAUGCUGGAGCUCAAACAGCAGUCUCUAACAUCGUAUUAGCUGCAGCUGUGCUUGUGACUCUGCUGUUCCUGAUGCCACUAUUUUACUACACCCCUAAUGUCAUCUUAGCAGCCAUCAUCAUAACAGCAGUGAUAGGGCUUAUUGAUUACCAGGGGGCAUACAAGUUGUGGAAAGUAGAUAAACUCGAUUUCUUGGCUUGUAUGUCUUCUUUCUUUGGGGUUCUUUUCAUCUCUGUUCCUCUGGGACUUGCCAUUGCAGUUGGAGUUUCUGUAUUCAAGAUUCUCUUGCAUGUCACCAGGCCAAACACUAUGGUAUUGGGGAAUAUUCCAAGAACACAGAUAUACCAAAACCUCUAUAGAUACAAAGAAGCUUCAAGGGUCCCUUCCUUUCUCAUACUGGCCAUCGAAUCUCCAAUCUACUUUGCAAAUUCAACUUAUCUACAAGAAAGGAUGUUAAGAUGGAUCCGAGAGGAGGAAGAAUGGAUUAACCAAAACAAUGAAAGCGCUUUGAAAUGUGUAAUUAUUGACAUGACUGCUGUCACAUCAAUAGAUACAAGCGGCAUCGACCUGGUAUGUGAACUAAGAAAGUUGCUGGAGAAAAGAUCACUUCAGCUGGUGCUGGUAAAUCCAGUGGGAAGUGUGAUGGAGAAAUUGCAUCAGUCGAAAGCUUUAGAGUCCUUUGGAACAAGUUCAGUCUAUCUCACAGUAGGGGAAGCAGUGGGAGACAUCUCAGCUUCAUGGAAUCCUCAACCAUGAUGAGAUUGUAGACAAGAAGCAAACGCUUGACUAACCCUUUUAGACCCUUUAGCAGUCUUGAAAGAGGUUCAGCGUAGAGAAGACCUUUUUUUUCAUUUUGUGAGAAAACCCUACAUGAAUUAAACAUUAUGCGUUGGUUUAAUAGAGAAAUGAAAGUUAAACCUUGCUGUAUUCCAUAAAACCAAACAAGUUGAUGCCUCGUGGUUUCCCAAAGUUAUAUCUUCUGAAUU